AUGCUUUUUAAUAAAAGAAUCUGGAAAAAAUUAAUUUAUCCAACUCCCCGAUACUAUUUUUUCCAGCCACCGUUAUUUGAUGCUAAUAAGGAUUAUUAUAAAGUACUGAAUUGCACUUAAACUGCUUCAGAACAAACACUAAAAUAAGAAUAUUAUAAAUUAGCUAAAUAAUAUCAUCCAGAUAUCAACAAAGGCAAUGAAGAAAAAUUCAAACAAAUAACAGAAGCUUGGGAUGUUUUAUCAGAUAAACAUAGAAAAUAAUAGUAUGAUGCUGCAAGAACAUAUAAUACAGAUUUCAUUAAACACACUUCGAAUUCUUAUGGUUACAAUCAAUCUAAUUAGCAACACUCUUCCAGAAGCAAUGCCAAUCAUUAGUAAUUUUCCAAAGAGCAGAUGGAACAAAUGUAAAAAUAGGCUGAAGAAAUUAUGAAAAUGUUUUAAAGUGGCCAAUUCAACUAAUUUUCUUAAGCAUUCAAACAAGCAACUAAAAAUGACCCAAAAUUCAAAAAUGUUCACACCUUUAUCAAUCUUGCUGAAAAAGCAGAGGAGUAUUUUAAAGAGAGAUAAAAAACUCAUUUAGAAAAUGAAAUUAAAAAAGAGUAAAAUUUUUCAAAUUUUGCGAACAAAGAAGACAAACUGAAAUAAUCUGUGAAUAACAUUGCAUAAGGAAUGAAAAGUAUUUGGAAUAAGAUUUAAAAAAAUAAAUGA